AAGAAGGAUAUACCACUAGGGAAAUCACAGAGAGAGAAAAGAUCUCCCCAGCAACUGUCUCAAGGACAGGAAAGAGGAAAAGAGAACCCGAAAGCCUCAAAGACCGAUCUAGAAGUGGGAGACCAAAAAAGUUCACAAAGAGAGAGGAGCGAAGG